CCUCCCAGAGAAUCAUCAGUCCUGGGCCAAGGUGAGCUGCAAGUGCCAGGUGCCACCUCCUGCAUGUGACUCAAGAGUGCAGAAGAGCAGGGUGGCUGCCACUUCCCUGCAGCAAGGGGACACUGACACAGGAGCACAGCAGUGCAGGGCCGGCACAGAUCUAUAGCGAGGAGGGCCCCUGACAGGCAGAAGAGGAGACAGCAGUGCAGUGAGGGGCCGGGGCUGAGUGCUGAGCACCCCCCCAUGCCGCUGUGCCUGAAAGCUCCUGUCAGCAUGAGGGACUAUUGCCCCUUGUCGGGGCCGCGAUACGGCCGCUACGCGCCGCGUCUGAGGGCCUCGCGCACUGUGCACUUCCCGAACGACGUCGUCUUUCAGGACCACAUCAAGCAGGGGGACCUGGAGCAGGUGGGCAGGUUCAUACGAGCCAGGAAGGUGACACUGGACACCAUCUACCCUUCUGGCAUGGCAGCCCUCCAUGAAGCCGUGCUGACGGGAAACCUGGACUGUGUCAAGCUCCUGGUGAAAUACGGUGCUGACAUCCACCAGAGAGAUGAGAACGGGUGGACGCCCCUACACAUGGCCUGCAGCGACGGCUACGCUGACAUAGCCAGGUACCUCCUGUCCCUCGGGGCCAGCCUGGAAGCCACCACUGAUGACGGCGAGAAACCCUCGGACCUCAUCGACCCCGAAUACGAGGACCUGGUGCAGCUCUUCGGAGCCUCCGCGCUGCGCUGAGCCGGGCACGGCCCGACAGCCUCGGGGCCGGGCCGGGGGGCUGCGCCUGCCUGAGCCUGCUCGAGGGCCGGGGCUGCGCCCGGGCUGGGCCCGGGCGCCGGCCGGGCAGCGGCGCUCGGUACUGCGAAUCGGGAACCACUUUGUACUUUUCCAAUAAAGCAUCUCGGUUACC